UGGAUGAAGGAAGUGGAGAUCUCCACCCUCCAGCCUCCUCCUGACACAUCUCAUAAAUAUUACCACGGCGUAUCCGAGGAUCUCGCACCACAAAGUCACGUCGUGUCCUGUUUUUUUUUUUUGCACCUGUCAGAAUAUCCGAAAUAAGACUAUUCUCUGUUUGCACCGGUUUGGCACCGUCGGAUGCGCUCCAGGCUGCGUGUUUUUUUUUUUCAACUCCCAACUUUUAACAGCGGGCUGUUGCUUGCAGAGCUGCGGGGCUGCCGGUCGCCACACACCGGUCCACCUUCCGCACAGAGACCCGGCCUGCACGUCGGUAAAAUGCUCGUCAGCGUGCGUUAAUUGGGGCUCGUCGCUCGGCGGUCUUGUCCAUCAAGUUGGGCCAGAUCGGGACGUUGACUUUCCGAUCUCAUCGCCACCGGUAAAAAAAAGAAAAAAAAGAAAGGAAAGCGUUGCCGUGGCACGAGUUUGAUUGUUUUUUGUCGGCGAGAACAAGAAGAGAAAGAGGACUUUUUUUUUUUACUUUGCUAUUAAGUCGAGUGUCCACGAUGAGCAAACCCACCGGCUCAACAAGUGGCUGUCUGGAUAUUCUGAAUGUGAAAUCAAGUCGGAUUCUGGACAUCCCGUGCAAAGUGUGCGGAGACCGCAGCUCGGGGAAACACUACGGUGUUUACGCCUGUGACGGCUGCUCGGGAUUCUUCAAGAGGAGCAUCCGCAGGAACAGGACGUACGUCUGUAAAUCUGGUUCCCAGGGUGGCUGCCCCGUGGACAAAACCCACAGAAACCAGUGCCGAGCGUGCCGUUUGAAAAAGUGUCUAGAAGUGAACAUGAAUAAAGACGCCGUUCAGCACGAGAGGGGACCCCGGACCUCCACCAUCCGCAAACAAGUCGCCCUAUAUUUCCGAGGUCAUAAAGAGGUGAACGGAUCAUCGACCCAUUUCCCGGGAUCCUCUCUGUCCGGCCCCCCAUUCUUCACCACGGUCACGCAGCUGGAGCCUCACAACCUGGAGAUGAGCGCAGUGGCCACCACACCGGAAAGGCAGGCCAUCGUGGGUCUGGCACAGCCCACCCCGAAGGUAUAUUUUUAUCCCCAUGAAGUCAGCGGCACCCCUCUGUACCUCUACGAGGUGGCGACGGAGUCUGUGUGCGAGUCGGCGGCGCGCCUCCUUUUCAUGAGCAUCAAGUGGGCAAAGAGUGUUCCCGCAUUCUCCACCCUCCCCUUAUCCGAUCAGCUGAUUCUGUUGGAGGACGCUUGGAGGGAAUUGUUUGUACUUGGCAUCGCGCAAUGGGCCAUUCCAGUGGACUCUACCACACUCCUCGCUGUUUCCGGAAUGAACACGGAAAACACAGAGUCUCAGAGGAUGAAUAAGAUCAUAUCCGAGAUACAAGCACUCCAAGAGGUGGUGACCAGAUUUCGACAGAUGCGCCUCGAUGCGACGGAGUUCGCCUGUUUGAAAUGCAUCGUGACAUUUAAAGCAGUUCCAACCCACGGCAACACCGAGUUAAGAAGCUUCCGCAACGCAAGCGCCAUUGCAGCGCUACAGGACGAGGCACAGCUAACCCUCAACAGCUACAUACACACCAGAUACCCGACCCAGCCGUGCCGCUUCGGGAAGCUGCUCCUGCUGCUGCCGGCGCUCCGCUCGGUGGGCCCGUCCACCAUAGAGGAGGUGUUCUUCAAAAAGACCAUCGGCAACGUCCCCAUCACCAGGCUCCUCUCCGACAUGUACAAGUCCAGCGAUAUAUGAACUCUCGCCACGUGGAGAAGACUUGAGCUGAAGGCCCAGAGACCCUCGCGGCAUUCAACCGAAUGUCAAAACUUAGCAGGUGUAACAGCGGGUUAUUGCCGAGCACAGACUCCCUUCGGCUCUCAAAAUGGCCUAUUGAGGCCUAAGCUCUGACUGCAGCACAGCCGGAAUUCAGCCAGUAGCCCGUUAACAGUCGCUCUAGUUGAAGAAUAGCCUGUAACUUUGAUUAGAAUUACCAGUGAACAGCUGGUAGGGACACGGGCAACACCAGAGUUUUAAUAUCGUCUACCCCGGAGAGCAUCUGCCAAGUAGGUCUGAUAAAGAGAUCUUGUAUAAUAAGACUUUUUUUUUCAAGUGUCAGUUAGACCAAUGAGCUUGACAACCAAGUCGGUCUUUUAUUGCUGUGAUCAAUCCCAGUGGAGGGAACCAAAAGAAAAAAAGAUGACGCAUGCUGCGAUAGGAGUGUGAAUCGCUGUCCCUCGAUCCGGUGCUGAAACCAAACGCACGGGGCGGACAAGAAGAGGCGCCAACUCCAUGAAGAAAUAGAGUGAGAAUACUUUUAAAGGCUUUGCCUGCAGACUGUCAAGCAGCACUCAUCUAAGGAGGGUGUUUGUAUUUAUGUGGUAAAUGUCCUUUUUGUGUCGGUGCGUCCUGUUUGAGGUUGUUUUAGGUCGACUUUUUGAAGUUAGCCACUAACACUGGAUAAUAAUGUUCAGCACUUGGAAAUGUUUUUGUGAACUGUGAUGUUUUUAUUAUGUUGUAAAUAUUUGGAGUUAUAACUAUUUAGAGUUAACAAGAUAAUAAAAAAAAAACAUUGAAUUCAACUGCUUUCAAAUAACAUAGGUGUAAACCACCAGCUGAAACAUGAGGGUUAAUAACAAAGAUGCUUCUCACAGAUCUAAAUUCUGUUAUCAACAUAA